UUUUGUAACUGACUGAUAUGACGUUCAGGUUUAACUAUGUUGUAGCGUAAUGGUCUGGCCAAAAAUAAAACCAAAAUUUAAAGCAAAAUCUAUAUCAAGAUUUGCACGUAUUAUUUUUGCUCAGUAAGAACAUUGCAUUUAGAGCAAUGCAUUGGCAACUAAAAGUGUGUUUUUUAAAUCAAGAGUCAUCAAAAUAUGCAGUUUAUGUUUGAGGAACACUUUUAGCCCGUUGUGAUGUCACAGAAUAGUGAUUAACACGAAGGAAAAACAAUUAGCAUCCUAAAAUAGACAUCAGACAGGCCCAUGUGAUCUGAUGUGAAGUAAAAUCAGUAGCUGUCUCUGGGGUGAUUAGAUGACUUAGUGUUGAUAAUAGCCUCGUGAAAUGCUUUAGGCUGUGAAGGGCAAACCUACCAAGGGGAUCAGAAACAUGUGGGAAGUGAUACAGUUGCGUUGAUAAACUUAGCUUUGAUAGGAAAGUGUGGCCAAGUGCUACACUUGGACACAUAAAAAUGAUUUAAGGUCCCCUGGAAUAGAACGUUGUGUUGUGGAAAUGUACAUAGAGAUUAAGGGAUGGAAGAUUGCGUGGUGCCUAUGACAACAGCAAACGCAUGGCUGGAAUAUCAACAGAGAUCUUUCCAUUUAAAGACCAAGAGCUCCCCGCUCACCUCCUGUGUCAGUUGAACAUAUUAAGGCAGGAGCAGAUCUUCACAGAUGUAAUAUUGUGCACCCAAGACAGAGAGUUCCCCUGCCACAGGAACGUCCUGGUUUCCAGCAGCCCGUACUUCCGUGCCAUGUUCUGCAGCAACUUCCGGGAAAGCAACCAGGAACGAGUGGACCUGAAAGGCCUUAAUUCAGAAGUCAUGGAAUGCAUUGUGGAAUACAUUUAUACUGGAGCCCUCACCAUCACCAUGGAGCUCGUGUUGCCCCUGAUGCAGGCGGCCUCUAUGCUGCAAUACGGUAGGCUUUUCGAGGCCUGCUCCACUUUCCUACAGGAGCAGCUCAAUCCAGACAACUGCCUCAGCAUGAUCCGGCUCUCCGAGAUCCUUCAUUGCGAAACCCUAAAAGAGAGAGCGAAAGAAAUGGCCGUGCGCUGUUUCUCAGACGUCGCGGGCACGGAAGACUUCUGUGAACUUUCGCUUCCCGAACUCAUGUGCUACCUGGAGGACGACAGGCUGUGUGCUGAGGAAGAGCAGGUGUUUGAAACCCUCCUGGCUUGGAUCCACCACGACCCCUUCUCCAGGCGUGGUGCCAUUCAUGAUCUCUUCAAGAAGGUUCGGUUGAGGUACAUCCAUCCGACGUACCUCUUUCAGUUUAUCGCGAACGAUCCGCUCGUCCAGUCGUCUACGUUGUGCACCGAGAUCAUCGAGUCCGUGCGACGUCUGAUGUUUUCGGUUAGCGCAAAGUGCACUCGUGAAUUGAAGCCUCUCUGGACCACGCCACGCCGUUACACGUGCCAUGAAACUCUGGUGGUGGUUGGAGGCCGCAAGAACAAUGAACAGACGUCUCGAGAGGCGCUCCUAUACGACGAGCGGACACAGCGCUGGCAGUGGCUAGCCAAACUACCUUUGCGUCUGUACAAGGCGGCAUAUGUCUGCAUCCACAGCAUUUUGUAUGUAGUGGGAGGGCUUAACCUAAGUCUGGUGUCUGGAGAAAGUGCAGUCAGUGCCACUGUGUACACCCUCUCGUUGAAGACCAACCAGUGGAGGACUGCUGAGCCGAUGCUGGAGCCACGUUACGCCCAUCAGAGCGUCUCCUACCUUCACUUCAUCUUUGCUCUUGGAGGAAUAGGUCCCGACACAAAGACCUCAAAUACUGUGGAGCGCUACAACAGCAUGUUUAAUCAGUGGGAGUCCAUGGCACCGAUGCCCACGGCGGUCCUGCACCCUGCAGUCGCUGCAAACGACCAGAGAAUUUAUGUGUUUGGAGGUGAGGAUGCCUUGCAGAAUCCAGUGAGGCUAAUACAGGUGUAUCACAUAUCCCGAAACGUGUGGUCUAGACUUGAAACCCGGACGGUGAAGAAUGUCUGUGCACCUGCUGCCGUCAUAGAGGACAAGAUUUAUAUUGUCGGAGGAUACACUAGAAGAGUGAUCGCCUAUGACACGAAAGCCAAUAAAUUUGUCAAGUGCGCGAACAUGACGGAGAGGAGGAUGCACCACGCCGCUACAGUCAUCAAUAACAAACUCUAUGUAACUGGAGGACGCUUCCUCAACGGUCAUGAUGUCAUUGAGGACUCCGACUGCUUCGAGUGCUAUGACCCUAAAACAGACGCUUGGACUCCCAAGGGCUCUCUACCGUACAAGCUGUUUGAUCACGGCUCACUAUCUCUGAUCUGCCUCUCCAACCGUCCCAACCCACCAUGACUGCUCGGGGAUCCAACACCUCUGCCUGGGUGUCCCGUUCGCUCCCCUGCUCAUUAAGGGAAAUGAGAAAUGGGCCCACAGCUGAGACUGGAAACCAUCCGAGGAUGGUUGCACUCAUGUGUGGACCGAGUAUAUCUCAGCUGUGGCUUUGAUGGGACACUGCUGGUGUUCGCCAGCAUCUGUGUCAUCUUAAAUCAAAAGAGAUUUGAGCUGGCAAUUUAAAGAGGACCACAGGGAGUAAAGCCCAGGACCUCGAAAUAAAACUGCGUACUUUUGCACUGCAAAGCUGUCCCUGAACCAAAGUCUUCAGAUGGAUGUUUCUAACCACGAUCUUCCCUCUCAGAAUGACUUGAGCAGCUAAAGUAUUUGUUAAUAAUACCACGUGAGUCAGGAACCAUUCCUUUAAUGGAUGAUGAAUAAUGGCCAAAAAACUCAUGAAGCACGUCAUGUUUGAUGAAGAAUGUAUUUUCCCAUUGUGGCAAAACAGCUUUGAUGUUGAGAGAGACAUAAAGUUAGGAUUGUUAAGAGAACUUUAUGUUGAUAUAUGGUUUGAAGUGGUCAUCUUGCCUGCGAUCUGCAUUAAGAAAUAAAAGACAUCAUGAUGAUAUGAUGUUCAUUGCUUUCUCGUAGUGCUGCUUGAAAACUGUUUACUCGACGUCUGGUGACCUUACAUUUAAUGACUAAACAAACAAAAUAGUUUAUUAUAAACAUCUUUUUCUAUUGCAUUGGACUACGGAAAUAAAACGUUCAAGUGAUUAAAAAAAAUCAACAGGCUAUUCAUUUCUGAAUUGGUUCACUGCACUUUGUCAGUUACUAUUGCAUUUCGUGCAUGAGGGAUGACGUGAACAGAAACCCAAGACUCAAGCCAAACUCAUCACUAACUUUAGCCACAAGCUUUUAGAUCGAAAGUACUCCCCUUACGCGUAGAUAGACCUUGACAACUGUUGUCAUGGAAACCACCAAUCAGAGUGCAGGACAGACUAUUUUGUGAGCAUCAUGUCAGUGUAGGGUUCAAUACUAUGACUAAGACAAAAACGUUUUUUUGAAUGCACGUCAAUGUUUAUCAGUCAUGAUGUCUUAUGUUCAAUAAAGGAGGGGUUAAAUACAAUACGUGUGCUUUAUUUUUGAUAUAUGCAACAGACUGUGCCCUACUAAGUCACAACCCUACUGAAAAAUCCAUUAAAGACCAGCAUAAGCUAGUAGCUGGUUUUAGCUGGUUUAAGGUGGCAGUAGCUGGUCUAAGCUGGUCCUCCCAGCCUGGCAAAGCUGGUCAAGCUGGUGGGUCAGCUGGUCUUCCAGCCUGACCAGCAAAGUCCAGCUAGACCAGCUUAACAAGUGACCAAACACAGCUAGACCAGCUUAAAACGUUCUUGCUACACCAGCAAUACCAGCUAAAACCAAGCUGGGAGACCAGCUAAAACCAGCUCACCAGCUUAUGCUGGUUUUAGCUGGAUUUUUCAGAAUGCUUUGUCAUUUUUAUAAAUCCGUAAAAUCUUGUAAAUACCACCAGUAUUUCAAAUGUAUUAAGGGAUGUUUAUAAUGUAUAAACCUUAACUUUCUCACAUAGUGCA